UCACUCAGUCCGGGAGACCCGGGUGACAGUCCCUCUGCGCCGCGCGCAGGCCAGCCUCUCCGGCCCUGGACUAGGGGUCGCUGAGCAGAGAAGCCGCCGAAGGCUGCAGAGUCGCCGACCGCGCCGCUCGCAGGGAGACCCCGGGCUGCCCACCGCGGCCUAGCGCGCGCCGAAUAGCAGACGUGUCAGCGGCCAUGGACCGCUUCUCGCUGGAGCAGUCCGGCCCCUGGGGCCUGGCCCUCGCCGCGGCCCUGCUGCUCCUGGCCUUGUGCCUGCUCGGCGGGCGCACCAGGAGACCCGGUGAGCCUCCACUGAUAAAAGGUUGGCUUCCUUAUUUUGGAGUGGUCCUGGAAUUACGAAAAGACCCCUUAAGGUUCAUGAAAACUCUUCAAAAGCAACAUGGUGACACUUUCACUGUUCUUCUUGGUGGGAAGUACAUAACAUUUAUCCUGGACCCCUUGCAGUAUCAGCUAGUGAUAAAAAAUCAGAAACAAUUAAGCUUUAGAGUAUUUUCUGAUGAAUUAGUAGGUAAAGCAUUUAGCGUCAGUCAGUUGCAAAAAAAUCAUAACAUGAAUGAUGAGCUUCACCUCUGCUAUCAAUUUUUGCAAGGCAAGUCUUUGGACAUACUCUUGGAAAGCAUGAUGCAGAAUCUCAAACAAGUGUUUGAAUCCCAGCUAUUAAAAACCACAAGUUGGGACACGGUACAAUUGUAUGCAUUCUGCAGCUCAAUAAUAUUUGAUAUCACAUUUACAACUAUAUAUGGAAAACUUGUUUGUGACAACAACAAAUUUGUUAAUGAGCUAAGAGAUGAUUUUUUAAAAUUUGAUGACAAUUUUACAUAUUUAGUAUCUGACAUACCCAUUGAGCUUCUAGGAAAUAUCAAGUCUAUUAGGAAGAAAAUUAUAAAAUGCUUGUCAUCAGAAAACUUAGCCAAGAUGCAAGGAUGGUCAGAAAUUUUACAAAGCAGGCAAGAUGUCCUAGAGAAAUACUAUGUGCAUGAGGACCUUGAAAUAGGAGCACAUCAUUUAGGCUUUCUCUGGGCCUCUGUGGCAAACACUAUUCCAGCUAUGUUCUGGGCAAUGUAUUAUCUUCUGCGGCACCCAGAAGCAAUGGCAGCAGUGCGUGACGAAAUUGACCGUUUGCUGCAGUCAACAGGUCAAAAGAAAGGGUCUGGAUUUCCCAUCUACCUCACCAGAGAACAAUUGGACAGCCUGAUCUGCCUAGAAAGCACCAUUUUUGAAACUUUACGACUGUCCUCAUAUUCAACCACCAUUCGUUUUGUUGAGGAGGAUUUGACUCUCAGUGCAGAGACUGGGGACUUCCGUGUGCGAAAAGGAGACUUGCUAGCCGUCUUUCCUCCAAUCUUUCAUGGUGACCCUGAAAUCUUUGAAGCUCCAGAGGAGUUUAGAUAUGAUCGUUUUGUAGAAGAUGGUAAGAAGAAAACCACCUUCUUCAAAAGAGGGAAAAAAGUGAAGUGUUACCUAAUGCCAUUUGGAACUGGAACCACCAAAUGUCCAGGCCGAUUUUUUGCAAUUAUGGAAAUAAAGCAAUUGUUGGUUAUACUUUUAACUUAUUUUGAUUUAGAAAUAAUUGAUGAUAAGCCCAUAGGACUAGACUACCGCCGCAUGCUAUUUGGCAUUCAGUAUCCAGAUUCUAACGUUUUAUUUAGAUACAAAGUGAAAUCUUAGAGAAGCUAAAAGGAAAGAAAAGAAAUCUAUCAAAAUUAGCCUAAACAUCCUAAGCUCAUCUAUUUCUUUUUAAUUUCUGCAAAAUGUAAUUGCUGUAUUUGUUUAAAAAGUGCUGAUUUCUAUUUGAUCUGAGAUCCGUCCAGUUUGUACUUAGACACAAAACCUAUCAUAAUAUAAAACAGGAUGGUGGCAUGAAAAUGGGCAUCAAAAUCAACUUCAGGGUAAACUCAAAACAGGGAUUCUUUGUUUGUUCAAUUUUUAAUUUUUCCUUGUGAUUUUCACCUGUUAUAAUAAAUGUACUGUCACAGCAAUGGAUUGGUCACUGUGGAAUUUAAGUCAUUCAAAUUAUUCUCUAAUGUGUGAAAAUACACUUUAUGAACUAUUAGAAAAUUGUGCUGGAAAUGGACACAGUUUAACAAAUUCCAGAUUCUCACAGAAGAAGGAAAUUAAAUUUCCAUGAGUUACACUGGAUGAAAAUGUUCCCUUCAAGUAUAAUAUCAAUAAUACUUAUAUUUCCAGGGUGCGUGUGCCUUAAAUGAGUUUUGCAGUAGAUUAAAUGCUUCAACUUCACUUCAAUAUUUAAUGAGGCAUAAAUAUUCCUUAUUACUUUGUAUACUGUGGCUCAAUAGAACAAAAUUUCUUGUUAUAUAAGACCUUUCAAGUUCAAGUUUGAUACUGAUAAGAUUUAAUGUAUAAGAAAACACAGAACCUACUAUAUAUUCAGCAGUUGCCCUAGGCAUUAGUAUUAGGUUUAUUAUGGGAGCAAAUGUUGAAAUCAUUACAGCAUUGAUUAUAGCAUUUGGCUUAGUAUAAACUAUAAAAGUAAUGCAAAUAUUGCAAUUAACUCUUUUGUAGAUGCUUCCAUGUAUAUAAACUGAGAAGCAAGACAUAGUAUUUCAUUCUGAUGUUUCACCUGUUGGAUUUGGAGUUCAUGUGUACUGUUUUGAAUUACAUCAUGUAACACAGUGUAAUUUCAUGUGACACAUGCAGCAUUGUGUCAAUGAUUCAAAUAUGUAUUUUUUCAAUCGAGACAGUAUCUAGCUGUGUUGC